UCUCACACACACACACACUGAACACACACACACUGAACACACACUCCGUGCAGCAGCGGCAGAUCUCCGCCAGGGAACAAGACGCUCGCAGAUCUGCGCUGUUUCGGGGGGAACGGAUCCUAAUCCGGUACUAACGGAACCAGAACCCAGUACCACAAGCAGGCAGGUGUGACCGGGGGGGGCUCCGUUAGCUGGUCCGGUUCUGCUGCUGCUGGAGGAGGAAACGUGACAGGAAUCAAAGGGGAUCGAUGGUCUUAGGUCCAUCAGGAUGAUGAUGAACUCUGCAGAGAAGAUGAAGAAGAAACCUCCAAAAGACAGUUUGACUCUGCUGCCAUGUUUCUACUUUGUGGAGCUGCCCAUCGUGGCUUCCUCCAUGGUGUCUCUGUACUUCCUGGAGCUGACUGAUGUGGUCCAGCCGGCUCAGGUGGGCUUUCGGUGCCAUGACAGGGAGCUCAGUAUGCCUUACGUGGACGGAGGAGACGAACUGAUCCCCCUGCUGAUGCUGCUGAGCCUCGCAUUCGCUGGACCUGCUGCCUCGAUCAUGCUGGUUGAAGGCCUCAUCUACUGCCUGCAGUCCAGACUGAAGCUCCGCAGACCUGAAGGAAGCAUCAACGCAGGAGGCUGCAACUUUAACUCCUUCCUGAGGAGGACGGUGCGCUUUGUAGGUGUGCACGUGUUCGGUCUGUGUGCGACGGCUCUGGUCACUGACAUCAUCCAGCUGUCGACAGGUUAUCACGCCCCGUUCUUUCUCACCGUCUGUAAACCCAACUACACUCUGGCCGGCGUCUCCUGCGACAGAAAUGCUUACAUCACUAAAGACAUCUGCUCGGGACACGACCAGCACGCCAUCAUGGCCGCCAGGAAAACUUUCCCUUCCCAGCAUGCAACUCUGUCAGCCUUCGCUGCUGUUUAUGUUUCUAUGUAUUUUAACUCGACCAUCUCCGACAGCACCAAGCUGCUGAAACCCGUCUUGGUGUUUGCGUUCGCCAUCGCGGCAGCGUUAACGGGCCUGACUCAGAUCACUCAGCAUCGCAGCCAUCCCAUCGACGUCUACGUGGGCUUCCUCAUCGGAGCCUUCAUCGCUGCUUAUCUGGCUUUUCACGCUGUCGCCAACUUCAAGUCCUCUGAUGACAUCAUUCCAGCCCCGCCUCCCCCACCCCCAAAGGAGGACCCUCUGCGAGCGCUGACGGAGCGAGGACACGAGUCCGUCUACAACAAGGGCCCUGCCUCCGCCUCGGAGAGUAACGAUGAGAUAGCAGCAGCUCCGGCCCCCAUAGACCGGCUGGAAGGCCUGGGGCCCCUGCAGAGGGAGAAGGACUCCAUGGGGAGCCUGAAGAGGGCCAGCGUGGAUGUGGAGCUGCUGGCCCCUCGCAGCCCCAUGGGCAAGGAGACCAUGCUGACCUUCAGUAACACACUGCCGAGGGCUAGCAUGAAUGUUAACGGAGUGCUGGGCACCAACACGGGACCAGAGGAUCUGGUACAGCCGGUGCAGCCGGUGCAGCCGGUGCAGCGGCGUCUGAAGGCGGUGCAGGUUCCCAUGGACCCAAUGCGUUCACAGCAGCUGGUGUCAGAGUGGAAGCAGAAGUCGAUGGAGAUGAGAGGCCUGAGUGUCCGGGAUGAGAUGGAGAGAGAGGUCAGCGAGGACGGCUCUGAGGUGGGCUCUGUGGGGACAGACGAUGGGGGGUCUCAGGUCCCCAUCUACCAGCCCACAGUGCAUUCUGGGAGGGCGCCUUCUAGCCGCAACCCCACUCCGCCUCCCGGGGGCGCCAAAGCUGUGGCAACUCCCAGACCGCCACAGAUCCCUGAAGCAGGACCCCCGCCAGUAUCCCCAAAGAGCGCCCUGACCAGGGCCAAGUGGCUCGCCAUCCGAGAGAAAACAAGUGGGGAGGGGUCAAAUCGUGGUGCUGCCAACCAGCCUCGACUCAUGCAGGUCAUCGCCAUGUCGAAGCAGCAGGGCCUCCUCCCCUCCUCCUCCUCUGGGGAGAAAUCCUCUGAGACCACCUCCACCUGCUCUGCCACCUCCUCCACCACCGAUUCUCCACACUACCGUCCCUCCUACGAGCAGCGGGAAGGGUCAGGUAUCAUUACGGUAGAUGCCCACGCCCCUCACCAUCCUGUGGUCAAAGCCCCAACACCUCCUCUAGCCCCGCCCCUCGCAGGUAAUGGUAACCCCUGGGAGUGGGCAGGUGCACCCAAAGGGGGCGACCCGCGAGACACCUAUGACCUCAACAGCCUGAACCGGGGAGACUCCGCUGCCCGUGGCAGCAGCUUCAGGCCCCACCGAUCUGCCUCACCACGAGCUGUUGGCAACCCUGAGCCCAACCCGCCCCCACCCAAUCCACAGGUGGAGACGUCAGUGGAUGCUCAGCGACGGGAGAUGGCCAUGAGACGCAAGACUGCGCUCGUUCUGUUGGAUCGAGAGGUUCGUAACCAGACUGAACAAGAGAACUAUUACAAGAGUUUGCAGGGACGAAGGUUCAAGGAUUAGACACUUACCUUUCAAAAUAAAAGCCUUAUUUUGGUCACUAACAGCACAGUACCCGGACAGCAGUGAGGACCAUGUUGCUAUGCAUUUCUUGGGCUUCAUGUCAUGCAAAGUUGGAGUUGCAAAAAUGAAAGUUUCCAUUCAGGAAGGUCAGACUUGUCAGUGGCUCAACACUCGGGACAGUUUUCUCUCAAAUUAAAAGACACGUUAAUGCGCUGCCGUAUCACAGCUGUUACAAUAAUUCUUAUCAAGUUGAAGCCCCUUUUAAGGACACUUUACAUGCAGAAAACAAACAAGAAAUGCAUUAAUUAAAAGCUUUUUUUGCCCCAGUUUAAAAGGUGGAAUGUGUAAGAUAUGGACAGAAUAUCAUUUCAAACAUUCACAAAAUGAACUAACAUUAUCAGCAGACUGCGAAGAAACGACAGCAUUGACGUCAAAGGCGUCUAGAAAACGUUGAGAGAAAUGAAAGUAAUUAAACCCACACGGACACUCACGGUACCAACACUCUUCUUUUUCCUGAUGACCAGAAGCUUCCAGUUUGGUUCAACCCAUCCUUCAUUUUAAGUGGAGAGAAAAUCGUCCACAGCGUUGAGCCGCUGAGCAGGAAGCUGGAGAGUUUCCAUGGCAACUCAUUCUGUGGAUUAUGUGACGUUCAGACGGAGUGAGAAGAGCUCAGAGCCGAUUCUAAAGAUUCAUUCUGGAAGCACAAACAUUGACCCCAGACCACGUUCAGGAGCAGGCCCCGCCUCCUCCGUGGGGCGUGGCCUGUGACAGUGUUACCUGUGGAGAGCUGACGGUGAGAGAUGAACAGACGUUGUCACUCUGAUUGUAUAUUACCUGGACGAGUGUGUCGUUGCCUUUAUAUUGUGAUGGUCUGGUUGCUAUAGUGGUUCUCAGCAUGUUUGUUUGUGUGCUGCUUUCUGAUUGGUCGAGGCUGUAAGUCUGUUCAGAGUUUAUGUGUGUGUGUGUGCGUGUGUGUGUGUGAAUCUGAAUCUGAAUGUGUGUAUUUAUUAAGGGAGGACCUUUAUGAGAAUUUAUACAGAAGUUGAUAUUUAAAGAUACACUCACUGAUUUUGUUACAGAACACAAAAAGUCAUCAGUUCAUCUGCUGAUAUUAAACGUCUGGUUUCAUAUUUUUCUUUUGAAUUAUUAAAAAUCAUUUCAUAGCUAGUAGUGAAGAAAACGAGGAUGAAAAGCAAAAUGUUUUUAAGAAUUGUCUUUUAAGAAACUGAAUCGAGCUUAAUCGCACAGUUUUAAGAGCACAGCAAUGAAACUAUGCAGGAAGUUUCAAAUUUUGUAAUGUUACCAAAAUAAGAUGUUAUUUUGUUUUAUGCUGUUAUUCUGUCGUACUAAACUGGUAAAAAGGACAUUUUCCCCUCUUAAUAUUUACUCUGGAGAUAUGUGAUUAUUUCCCCCCUCACAGUGACACUAACACUCACACACAGGAACAGAAACGGAAGCUGAACAAACAUAAAACAUCUUUCUGUCAAAGACUCGCUGCGCCUCUGAAGCCAAAUCAAAGAGUGUGUCUGUAAAUAUGAAAUAGUGAUAAGCCAAUAGCGAGUCCCUGUCCCUGUCCCUGUCCCUGUCCCUGCUGUUAAUGUGUCUGUGUGGUGUUGCAUGUGUCCACAGUUUGAUUUCAAAUCAGACGGACGUCCUCGAGUUUUUCUGUUUAAUCCCCAGAGCAGAAAAGACUGCUGAACAUUUCCAUUCGAAUGUAAGAACUCAUUUAUCUCGAACAUGUACAUUUUGUGACUGGAAACAGUAAAAAGAAAAAAAUCCUGCUGCUAUAAAAAGAGUCAAAUCUGUGAAACUAAGAGAAGAAGAAGAAGAAGAAGAGAGCUGAAACCGUUUCAGACUGAAGGCUGGAUGCUGCAUGCUCUGUAUGAUGAAACGUUCAAAUUAAAAGUUAUUCUUGAUCA